GGGAGUGCCAGGCUGCAGCCUCACAAGGUGCAGACAGCAGUUGGAAAAGCAGACUGCCUGGGACAUGAGGUUGGCAGAGGGUGUGCAGGCUGGCAGUCAGGGGGACUCACUCUGAGUGGCUGCUCCGAAGCGAGGCCCUCCCACGCUUGGGAAGUUUGCCAUGCAGCUCUGCGUGCCGCAGGUGCCGCUGGCCCUGUUCCUUUCCAUGCUUCUGGCCCAGGCAGAAGCCAGCCAGAGGGCAGCCACGCAGGCCCACAACACCACCAGGCCUGCUCUGCUCAGGCUGUCGGAUCACCUCCUGGCCAACUACAGGAAGGGGGUGCGGCCUGUGCGGGACUGGAGGAAGCCUACUACAGUCUCCAUCGAUGUCAUCAUGUAUGCCAUCCUCAGUGUGGAUGAGAAGAACCAAGUACUGACCACCUACAUCUGGUACCGGCAGUUCUGGACUGAUGAGUUUCUGCAGUGGACUCCUGAGGACUUUGACAACAUCACCAAAUUGUCCAUCCCCACAGACAGCAUCUGGGUCCCUGACAUUCUCAUCAAUGAGUUUGUGGACGUGGGGAAGUCUCCGAACAUCCCCUAUGUGUAUGUGCGUCAUCGAGGUGAAGUCCAAAACUACAAGCCCCUUCAGGUGGUGACCGCCUGUAGCCUUGACAUCUAUAACUUCCCCUUCGAUGUGCAGAACUGCUCUCUGACCUUUACCAGCUGGCUGCAUUCCAUCCAGGACAUCAACAUCUCCCUGUGGCGAUCACCAGAAGAAGUGAGGUCGGACAAGAGCGUCUUCAUGAAUCAGGGCGAGUGGGAGCUACUGGGAGUGCUCACCCAGUUUCAGGAGUUCAGUAUGAAAACCAGUUACAGCUAUGCAGAAAUGAAGUUCUAUGUGGUCAUCCGCCGGCGGCCUUUAUUCUACGCAGUCAGUCUCUUGCUGCCCAGUAUCUUCCUCAUGGUCGUAGACAUUGUGGGCUUUUGCUUGCCCCCGGACAGCGGCGAGAGAGUCUCUUUCAAGAUCACGCUCCUUCUGGGAUACUCGGUCUUUCUCAUCAUUGUGUCAGAUACACUGCCAGCAACAGCCAUCGGCACUCCCCUCAUCGGUGUCUACUUUGUGGUGUGCAUGGCUUUGCUGGUGAUAAGCCUUGCUGAGACCAUCUUCAUUGUGCGGCUGGUGCACAAGCAGGACCUUCAGCGGCCAGUGCCAGCCUGGCUAAGGCACCUGGUCCUACAGAAAAUGGCCUGGUUGCUCUGCCUAGGGGAGCAGCCCAUAGCCCAUAGGCCCCCAGCCACCUUCCAAGCCAACAAGACUGAUGACUUCUCAGUCAUGGGAAACCACUUCAGCCAUGUUGGGGAACCCCAGGACUUGGAGAAGACCCCGAGGGGCAGAGGUAGCCCUCCUCCACCACCUAGAGAGGCCUCGCUAGCUGUACGUGGGCUUUUGCAAGAGCUAUCUUCCAUCCGGCACUUCCUGGAGAAGCGAGAUGAGAUGCGGGAGGUGGCUCGGGACUGGCUGCAAGUGGGAUAUGUGCUGGACAGGCUGCUAUUCCGCAUCUACCUGCUGGCUGUGCUGGCCUACAGCAUCACCCUGAUCACGCUCUGGUCCAUUUGGCAUUAUUCUUGAGUGAACCCAACCCAAAAGGUUAUGCAGGGCUAGUUAGGCUAAGGAUGGAGGAUUUCCCCUUAGGUCCUUCAUUCUGUUUCCAACACCAAAUAGUUUGAGCAAUCCCAAACCAGUGUCUGAACCCUUGGCUCUGAAAUUUAGUGCUGAAGACCCAUUCUGCCUCUGCAACUCAUUCACUACUUCCCCACCAUAGCUUUAAAGUAUAAUAUCUUAGUUCAAGUAUGCUCUAAUUUUACUUAUCAACACAUCAAGCCUGGGUUUGCUUUCCGGUACUUCCUCGAUUAAAGCCCUUGUAACUGCUCAUUUCCACAAGAUUUGGUUUUUGAUUGAAGAAAAAUUAGCUCUCUAGCACAGGUUCCUGGGACUUCUGCAUCCAUUUUAUCCAUCCUCUAAGGGCUCCCUAUUCAGGUCACCUGUGGCCACCCCCUAGCAUUCAGCUUUAUCAGCCAGUAGGGGCAGGAGGAUAAUAAAGCACAAUGGUAUCUUG